CGAAUGUGUCGGAUCGAGAUAACGGAUGUAUGGAAUAUUACACACGUGACCAUACUUUGAUCAAGCAGAGGUCAAGUGUGAAUUGCCUCAGAUUUAUAAGUUAACUCGGUCGCAUGGGAUCGGUCAGUCAGUCAGUCAGUGUUGCAUGCUCAAUAUCAGUCGGAAUAUAGCCAUACAGAUAGAUAGAUGUCGACGCAAACGUUGUUACAGCCGCGACGAGAGGCGAGGAUUUUGGAUCCUUCGGACAAGUAUCGGCCGGAGCCGGUUUACGCGGGAAAAUUGAAAAGGGAGUUCAGGGAUUACAGCGAGGAUCGGAACGAUCCGGUUAAGGAACGGGUGAGAAAGACAUAUCGCAAGAUGCACUCGAAUCAAACCGUCGAGUUCGUGCGAUCGCGUAUGAAGGAGUGGUUACGAUUCGACAAGUUCAGAAUGACGGUCAAGGAGGCAUUGGCCAAGUUGAACGAUCUGGUGGACGAGAGCGAUCCGGACACCGAUCUGCCCAACAUCGUGCACGCGUUCCAAACCGCGGAGUUGAUCAGGAAAGAGCACCCCGACUUGGAUUGGUUCCAUCUCACCGGUUUGAUCCACGAUCUGGGCAAGGUGAUGGCGUUCUACGGGGAGCCACAGUGGGCAGUGGUGGGCGACACGUUUCCAGUGGGAUGCGCCUGGGCCGACUCGAUCGUCUACAGAGACACCAGCUUCGAGGAUAAUCCGGACGGGAAAGAUCCUCGAUACAACACGAAGUACGGUAUGUACGAGGCGGAAUGCGGGAUAGACAAUUUGCUAAUGUCGUGGGGCCACGACGAGUAUCUGUAUCGCGUGCUCGUGCACAACAACUGCAAACUGCCCAACGAGGCUCUGGCGAUGAUUCGUUAUCAUUCGUUCUAUCCGUGGCACGCGGGUGGCGAUUACAUGCACUUUUGCACGUCGAAAGACAUGGAAACGUUGAAAUGGAUCGUCGAGUUUAACAAGUACGAUCUGUACACGAAGAACAACGAGGUGCCCGAAAUCGAGAAAUUGUGGCCGUAUUACGAGAAAUUGAUCGACAAAUACAUCCCCGGAGUGUUGGAAUGGAAACGGAAUCGCGGUGGAUCGCGAUUGGAAGCGCGAGUAGAGCAGUCCCCAACCGGCGGGGAGCAGUAAAUGGGAUGGAUAUAU